AUGCUUACUAUUCGUUUAAACUAUUUUGGGAAAUCCACAAUAUUUUAUCAUUUGAAUAUAUUCAAUUCAAACAAAUUUCAAAGAGAAUUUAAAUAUUAUGAAAUCGAUCAUUAUUUUUGGAAAAGCUAUUUACAAAAUAUUUGUAUUGUAGAUGAUGAAAUCUAUUCAACUAGAAAGAGAGCACCAUUAAUAAUACCUGUAAAUGUAGUAUCAUUGGCAUUUAAAAACUUUAAUCAAGAGUUGUGGCCAGGUUUUAUUCCAUUUGAAAAUAGAGUUAGUCCGAUAGAGAGUCUAGAUUUGGGUAAAAAGUAUUCACAUCCACUAAAGAAAGGUGAUAUUCCUCCAACAAUAAAGAAGGUUAUUCUAUCAGAUGUAUAUAAUCAUCCAUUAAAGCAAGGAGAUAUCCCAAAUUCAACAGAGGCUAUUGUUUUUGGUAAUAGAUGGGAUCAAGUUAUAACUCACGAUAGUUUGCCAUCUUCAAUAAAAUCAAUUCGUUUCGGCAAUGAUUACAAUAACCGAGGAUUACCUUUUAAAGCCAGUUGCCUUCCAAAAGGAUUAGAAUCAAUUCGUUUUGGUAUCUCCUUUAACCAAAUUCUAGAUGCAAAUUCAUUUAUAAAAUACACACCAAAUUUAAAAACUUUACAGGUUCAUUCAAAAUAUACUCACCAAUUAACAUUUAAAAAUAUACCACCCAGCGUUACCGAGCUAUUCUUAGGCAUUAAUACUUCUCAUACAUCACAAAAAUUAAUUUAUGAAUAUAGGCUUCCUGAUGGUAUUAGAAGAUUGACACUUGGCGAUUACGUUACAGCCCCAAUAGAACCUGGUUACCUACCAAAUGGUAUCACUGAUCUUUCACUUGGUUCAAAUAAUAAAGUGGUACAUGGAUCUAUCCCUAACACAGUAACAAAACUAGACUUGGGCCUUUAUUAUAAUCGUGAGUUACCAAGCGAUUCAUUACCAGAAUCUUUAACCCACUUGGUAUUCGCGUUUGACUACGACACUAAAUUAGCUCAAAACCAAUUUAUAAAUACCCGCAAUUUAACAACCAUCGAGUUUGGUGCAUUCUUUUCCAGACCAAUAGCUGCAGGCACAUUUCCAAAGAAUUUAACCACUCUAAAAUUUGGUAGAAAUAUGAACCCAGAUCAUCUAGAGCUUUGUGCUAUCCCAGAUUCAGUUACAAGUCUUCAAAUAGUUCCAAAUUUUAGAUAUUCAAACAUACCAAAGAAUUUAAGAAAAUUAAAAUUAAUUAAUUUCGAUAAGGAUAUACCACCAAGUUAUUUCAAUUCAGAAAAGGCACCAGAAUCUUUAAGAAAUUUAGAAAUUUUAAGUUUAGGAGAUAACUUUAAUACUGAAAUUAAACCAUCAACUUUCCCUAAUAGUCUAACCAAGCUAGAUUUGGGUUAUAAAUAUAAUCAUCCAUUAAGACAAGAAAUAUUACCACCAAAUCUUUCAAGUUUAUCGCUAGGUCAGUGCUUUACAAGAGAGAUUAAAGAAGAUGAUUUACCUCAAUCACUAUUAACUUUAAAAGUAAUGUCAGCAACACCAAAAUUAACCAGAAAAUCAAUACCUCCAAAUUUAAAUUCAUUAUUUUGUUUGAAUACAAAUAAGGAAUUUUUAAAAUCAAUAGAUCUUCAUUUCUUUUUCUCCUUUUUGAAAAUUAUAGAAAAUAAUUAUAGUUAAUUAUAAACAAUAAGUAAAUACUUUGUAUAUUAGAGAAAAAUUAAAUUAAUAAAAAAAAAAAAAUAAACUUUGUUGUUUGAAAAU